CCGCUGCUGUAAUUUCUCUCCAUCGCUAAAAGAAUACUCUCUCGUUCUCUCUGUGACACGCAGACAUACUGAGCUCUCCUGUUCCGAGCAAGCUAUGGAGGAAUUUGCGGUUGAAGAUACAGCUCAGUUGAUGGAGGCCGCUUCAGAUUUUGCGUAUUAUCCCGGCGUUCAGAAUGAUGCUUCGGCGAAGGAAUUUCUUGACCGGUUUCCCCUUCCAGUCAUAAUCAACGCAUUACAAAGCAAAGCAGAUGUUCGCAAUCUAGAGGAGACCUUGGUUGCCUGUCUGGAAAGGAUAUUUGGAACAAAGUAUGGUGCCUCACUUAUCCCACAGUAUAUGUCCUUUGUAAAAGUUGGUUUGCUUGCAGACUCUCAAAUUGUCAGAUGCUUAGCCUGUAAAACAGUUUCUUUUCUUUUAGAGAAUGCUGACAAAAGCACUAGCAUUGCUUCACGGCUUGUUAUUGAAUAUGAUAUCUAUCAACUUUUACUUGAUUGCCUGAUUAAUGGAAAUGAACAAGUUGCAGCUGCUUCAAUGGAUGCCAUAAAGAACUUGGCUACUUAUCCUAGAGGCAUGGAUAUCAUUUUUCCAGCUAAUGGUGAUGAAGUUACUCAGCUGAGGAAUUUAGCAUCCCAUUGUUCAUCACUGGGACGUGUUCGAGUUUUGGCUUUGAUAGUCAAAUUGUUCUCCAUUUCUAGCUCUGUAGCAUCAACGAUUUUCAACUCAAAUCUCCUCAGUUUAUUAGAGGAAGAAAUCCACAACACAAAUGAUAUGCUUAUGACUUUGAGUGUCCUGGAACUCUUAUAUGAGCACUUUGUCAUUGGAUUCUUAGUGGCAUAUGUUGCAGUGGAAGUGUUUGGUGAAAUGCUCAAGUGUCUUCUACAGCAAUGCUCUCGCAUCAUGUACAAUAUAGAAAAGUGCCAAGAGUUGGUAGAAAUCCCACAUGCCACUGGAUUCCUCUCAAGAACCACACUUCUUCAAAUACUUAUUUCUAUGAUUGGCAACAUAUCAGUGCAACCAAUUUUACGGUCAAGAGCAAUUAUGAUAAGUGGGAGGAUACUUUCAAAGGAGAAUACUUUUAUGGUCAUCCAUGAAUCUGCUAUUAAAGCGGCUGUUUCGGCCAUCAGUGGAAGGUUGGAAUCACUGAAGGAUCAAGAUACAGAUGAAUGUGAGACUGCACUUGAAGCAUUAGGUCAAAUUGGUUUAUCCCUUCAAGGAGCUGAAUUGUUACUCUCAAAUUCAUCAUGUGUGGCAAAACAUGUUGUUGAUGUAGCUUUUGAUCACAAUGGUCGAACCAAACAGCUUGCUGCACUACAUUCUCUUGGAAAUAUAGUGGGAGAAAGCCGACCAGAUGAAAGCAUAAUCCUCAAUGAUGAGGCAGAAGAAAGUCUUCGACACUUGAUAAAUGAAACUGCUUCGAAGAGUUUGAAGCUGACACCAUCAGGACUACUUCUAUCAGUUUUGCAGCAGGAUGCAGAAAUUCGUCUGGCGGCUUAUAGGUUGAUAACCGGACUGGUGGCUCGGUCAUGGUGCUUGAUUGAGAUUUGCUCAAAACAAGAGAUAAUUAAAAUAGUGAUUGAUCCACAUAUUGAGACUAAGAAAAAGGGUAUGGAAGCUCGGUAUAAUUGUUGCAGGGCGAUUCACAAAUAUCUAUCGACUGCAAAUAAGCUUGUCAGUGAUCCUGUGCUUGCAGGAAUAGCUUCAAAGUUGCAGGAAGCUGUUAGGAGAGGUCCUUAUCUUGCUUUAGAGCGUGCUGAAGCUCAGCUUGUUGUCGUUACAGCUGAGAGAUUUUAGAUCACCAUCGGAAAUUUUGAGUUAUAAAAUAGAUUUAACAGGGAUUUGAUUCGAAGGGGCAAAAAAUUGGUGUCUGUUGUACAUAUUACUGUAAUCUUGUUGGGUUGUCAACUUUAAUAUAGUUAAAACGAAACUAGUAACUCGAAAUACUGUUUAUGAAAUCUUUUCCAUGUUAUCUUGUAGUCUGGUUUGUGGCCUGUUUGGAAAAGAUGGGCCAUGGAACAUACCUAUUAUCACGAACUGGAGAAACUAGCUGCUUGGUUCAGGUGAGGAACUGGUUACCCGGUCGUUCUGUUAUGCCUGAAUGCUGUUAUUCUUACCCAAUCCUUUGAGAAAUGUGAUACAGUUUACAGUAGAAGUUGGCUGUUGUCGCUUUGGAGCAAAAUGAAAAUUGUUUCAGGUGCCGUUGUCAUAUUGAAUCCACCCUGUUAUCACUUUUUCCUA